AGUUUUGUUCGACACUUCACAGAGCUGACGAUGAAGUGGUCGAUAUUGAUGAUACUGGUCUCCUUGACCAGUGGUGUCUUCGGUGAAAAUGAUUACGUGGCUUCGCAGUUCAGAAAUGGCCCAGAGGACUUGAUAAAGAGAGUCUUCUACCUGCCUUAUGAAACAACGACCACCUUGGCUAGUCGCUACGAUAUCAUAGUGCCUCCCCUGGUCCAGGAUAUUGAGACGGGUCUGUGGACCACCGAGAUUUAUUCUGAACUGAAGGAAAAACUUGGCACAGCUCUAGCCAUACCCCGAGAUAUCCCAUACUUUGCGUUCAAAGGCGAACACGCUCUGGCAGUCAAGGACCUUAGCAAAGUGUUCCUCGAGGCGACAGACAUUCCUGAACUAUUUAGUUAUGCUAUCCAGAUUCGUGACCAUGUAAACCACCCUAUCUACUUGGCCGCUCUAUACCAUGCCUUCUAUGAGAGAAAGGACCUGAACCCUGGCGACUUGCCCCCGCUGGAAACUCUGUUGCCAGACAGGUUCGUCCCUGCUGUUGUGAUCAACAAGGCGAAGCAGCUUGCUAAAUCAGCGAUACUCCAUAAUGAAAAGAAAGAGAUCAUCGUGUACUGGCACAACGACGAGACCGGCAUUGCCACAAGGAGCCCAGAGCAGAGACUGGCAUACUGGCGCGAAGAUAUUCGCCUCAAUAGCUUCCACUGGCACUGGCACCUUUCGAACCCUUACAGCAUCGAGCCCGGAAAGAGAGACCGCCGUGGUGAACUUUUCUACUACAUGCAUCACAACUUGGUCGCGAGAUACAACAUAGAACGUCUUUGCGUCAACCUUAGACCGGUCGUGCCCUUUGAAGACUGGCAUGUGCCUGUUAAAGACGGGUAUUUCCCCCACAUUACCACUGGCAAUGGGUAUGACUGGGCAGACAGACAGGACAAUACUUACUUCAGGGAUGUUCGAGAAAUACCUCUGGAUCAAUCGAACUUCGUCUCACAGCUAGAGAUGUGGCGAACUCACCUGUACCACGCUAUCGACGUUGGAUACAUGGUCAAGGAGAACGGUUCUCAGGUGCGCCUCACGGACAAUCCGAGGAUAGACGAGGAUUAUGGCAUAAACCUCCUCGGCGAAGCGGUGGAGGCGGGCGCGAGCGUGAACCCCUCUCUGUAUGGCAACCUCCACAACCUAGGUCACGAUUUGCUCAGUCAGAGUCAUGACCCUGCCAAAAGACACAAUACACAGAUGGGCAUAAUGGGAGCCGUAGAAACUGCCAUAAGGGAUCCAGUCUUUUUCCGUUGGCACAAAUUCAUAGAAAAUGUGUUCCUCCGGUACAAGAUGACGCAACCUCCUUACACAUCUAGACAGCUGGCUGGAAAUAUGGAAAUAGUAGACGUUAGCCUAAUGGAAGAGGAAAUUAAAGAAAAUUAUGUCCCGACACCUGAUCAUCUCCACACCUUCUUUGCACCUUCAAUUUUUGAUUCUUCGCGAGGAAUUGACUUCAAAAUGAAACCAGAUGACAACGUUACUGUUCUCAUCAAGACAGAUGUUCUUGACCAUCCGGGUUUCUUUUAUACGAUCAAGAUCCUUAACCCGACGAGUGAGGCCAAGCGCUCGAAGAUCCGGAUUUUCCUCGCGCCAAAAUUCGACGAGGACGGACAGAGACUGAACUUCGCUUCGUUGACACACUAUUGGACGGAAAUGGAUGUUUUUGAAACGGAUGAGAUUAUGCCUGGUAUUGAUAACAUCUAUAGAUACUCCAACGAAAGUAGCAUCCUCUCGACUUAUCAUGGAAGUGAUACUGACACUAGCUUCGCCUUCUCCGGCUGCAGCUGGCCCCGGAAUCUCCAGCUGCCUCGAGGCACGGCAGAUGGCAUGGCUUUCCACCUCUUCGUGAUGGUUUCCGACGUUCCACAUAAAGAUCAUUCAGGAAGACACCACCUGACUAGAAACAGAAAAAAGAAUCCUUACCACUCAGAGACCCCUGAACCCCAGUUCCAGGGGACCUCUGGGAGUUUCUGCGGACGCCCUAACGAAAAAUACCCUGACCCGUGGCCUAUGGGGUACCCCCUGGACAGGAAGAGUUCCCACGAGACGAUCGAAUCCUUCGUGGCCGAGCAUCCCAACAUGAUGCUGAAGGAUAUCGUUAUCAAAUAUGUUGGGGACCGUGACAGUGUAGGGCGCCAGCCGCAGAGGGAGAGGAGCGAUUGCCUGCUCUUCACUUGCUAGGGGGCCUUUGCGCUCUCUCUCUCUCUCUCUCUCUCUCUCUCUCUCUCUCUCUCUCUCUCGUUCCCUUUCUCCUUUAUUCUCUCUCUUUCUCUAUCUCUCUCUUUUUCUUUUCCUCGUUCCCUUUCUCCUUUAUUGUCUCUCCCUCUCUCUCUCUCUCUCUCUCUCUCUCUCGCCUCCUUCGCUUGUGACCCACGACCUUGUUCCUGACCUCUACAAACAUACUACCUCGAGUCACGGUCCCACUCGGUCGCUGCCUCCUCCCGGGGGCCACGCCAGGUCGCCUGCUUUGCUGGGUCAACUUCUGCUCUGCACGACGACACUUGCUAUCUUCAACUUCCGCUGCGUUAGCUACCAUCAAUCUUGUCCUUCAAUAAAGAGUGCAGCCAGGACGUGCGUUUACGUAAACCACCCAAGUGGGCGACACCAAAACCCCUCACGGACUGGUAACAACGUGAAGGGGAUACCAGCACCAUGACUCAGUCACUUGCUCACUCACACUCUCACUCUCUCUCUCUC